ACAAUUUCCGGAAAGGAUAUCAUCGGCCGUCUGUUGUUGAAAAUGGAGGUGUUUGUGAGAGACUUGUCGUCCAAAUUUCAGUCUUUUUCACUUUCUAAUGGCUCUUUAGUCGGUGAAUUAGUGCAUAUAUUCGCACAGAAACAGGCCAUCCCUGCGACUGAUUUCUACAUUAAGUGCAAUGGCAGUCCGGCGAGUGAUGAUGACCUGGUUCGACCUGGGGUUGUUUACAGCUUGGAGCCUCGGCUCUGCGGAGGGAAAGGAGGUUUUGGUUCUAUGCUUCGAGCUCUGGGUGCACAGAUUGAGAAGACCACCAAUAGGGAAGCAUGUCGGGAUUUGAGUGGAAGGCGCCUUCGAGAUGUUAACCAUGAGAAAGAGAUGGCAGAUUGGAUCAAAAAGCAGGCAGAGAGGGAAGCAGAAAAGGAGCAAAGGAGAAUUGAGCGCCUGCAGCGCAAACUCGCCGAACCCAAACAUUACUUCACUGACCCAAACUAUGAGCAACAGUGUCACGAGCUGUCAGAGCGCCUGGAGGACUCUGUGUUGAAAGGUAUGCAAGCUUCCUCCAGUGCUGUGGUGGAAGCAGAAGGUGGUCCUAGUCGGAAACGCCCCAUCCCGAGCAAAAAACCAAAAUCAGGAAAGAGAAAACGCUUUUGGACUAGCGUUUAUGGACUAGAGGAUUCUGGCAGCUCAGAUGAAGACAGCCUUGAAAGCGACAGGGAGGAAUCUCCCUCGACCUCAGGAGAGAGUUCAGGGGAAGCUCAAAGCCCAACAAAGAAAGGUAAAGCAACAGCUGGCUCUUGCUCUAAUGCUGAGGAAGCACCAGUAUCUAGUUCCAGUUCAGGAUCCAACUCUCCUCAAAAGAGCCCUGUAGAACUGGUGAAAGAGGAGACCAUGGUGGUUACAACGCCAGCCCAGCCAGAUGCAGAGCUACCAGGAAAGAUUGGCAGUGUGGAGGAUGAGAAGAAAGAGACACUAGAAGAAAGAGAAACUGAGGAGGAGAUGCAAGAGACCAGCCUGGAAAAGCCUGGUGAAUCUCAGCCUGAUUGCAGUAGCACACACUCUGCUGAUAAUGGACCCCUGGAUCUGAUGACGUUCAGCUCUGCUUCAGAACUAGAGGUGCUGGGGCUUGAGAGAAUGAAGAUAGAGUUAAUGGCGCUUGGAUUGAAAUGUGGAGGCACUCUGCAGGAGAGGGCUGCAAGGCUCUUCUCAGUCCGGGGGAAAUCAAAAGAUCAGAUUGAACCAGCUCUCUUUGCUAAACCUGCCAAAGGAAAGAAAAAGUAAAACCAUUUAUUGUGCAAAAAAACUAAACAAAAUGCCAUAAAAAGAUAAGACAUCCAGCUAUUUCAUUAUACAAACUGUUUGUUUAUAAGAUUUGUGUUUUCUAUGCAGUAUUAUGUGGUGUUCUAUACUUUGAGUACAAAUAUGUUUUUUCUUUUUCACAUGUCCUGAGUGCUAUUUGUGA